GCUUCUCCAUUUCCACCAAAAUCAACAGCGAAAAACUAAAUGAAAAAAGAAAAGAAAAGGGGGAAAUACGUCGAUUUCUCUAUUCCGCGGCUCCCAAAGAAUAGCAGAAAACAAAGUUAGUUAUUCAAAACUCGUGAAUUUCAGUUCCUUCAAUCACUUGAGGGUUCAUUUCUAAUCUGAUGAAUUUGAAAAUUGACGUGAGUUCCUUGAUUUCUGCUACUGUUUCGGGGGGAAUUAGACAAGGGGGUGAUUUGGUGACGGUUUGAAAUCGAAAACCCUAAUGGAGAUUUCUGGUGAUAAGGGGGCUUUGAGUGGUGGAGUUAGGGUUUCGGAGGAGUCUAAGGUUUCGACUGGUGAGUCAAACAGGGGGACUGUAAUUAGUGCAUCUGAGAGCAAGUCUGUUGAAUCUAGUAACUUAGGAAGCAAUGAUGUAAGUCAAAAUCAGAGUGCGGAUAAGGUAUCUCGCAACGAUAGGUGGGAAUCAUGGGGGGUUAUGAAUAUGGUUGGCAAAGUGCUCGGUGGAAAGCUUUAUGUGGAUGAUGAGGUGGAGGAUGUAAAUGAUUCUGAGAAUGGGGGGCAGGUGACUGUGGUCGGGGGUGCGGAAGCGUUGCAGGAUGUAAUUGUGGAGCGGACAUCUGAGAAUCGGGGUGGGGUGAAUUUGGUUGCGGAUAUGAAUGUUCAUGAGGAUGUGAUGUGGGAGCCGUCAAAUGGAGUUGACAUGAAGAGAAUGGAUAUCAACAGUGACUCUGCUAAGUUAGAUUUGGAUUGUCCAGUUGAGGGAAAUAACAAUGGUAACAGUGAUAUGGUCUCUUGUGGUAUAGUGCCAGAUGGGAAUCUGGAAACUGAGGAAAUAAAUGAUGUUAAAGAUGAUAUGUUGAGAUCAGAAGGAUUUGGGAAAAACAAGGAAGUAAAUGAUGUUAAAGCUGAUGUGUCGAUGCCAAAAGGAGAUGGAGAACUAGAUUUGCAUAUUAAUGAUGUUAAGCCUGGCAUGUUGAUUCCAGAAGAAUGUAGCGGAAAAACAGAAAAAGAAGGGGAAUAUAAUGUGUCAGAUCUAGUUUGGGGCAAGGUUAGGAGCCAUCCUUGGUGGCCUGGGCAAAUAUUUGCCCCCUCAGCUGCCUCGGAUAAUGCAAAAAAGUAUUCUAAGAAAGAGAGUUAUUUGGUGGCAUAUUUUGGGGAUCAGUCGUUUGCGUGGAAUGAUGGAUCAAAGCUCAUGCCUUUCAGAAAGCAUUUCUCCGAAAUGGUGAAACAGAGUAAUACAGAUGGAUUCUCUCAUGCUUUGAGUUGUGCCCUGGAUGAGGCUGCUCGACGAAUUGAGAUUGGUCUUUCAUGUCCAUGUUGGGCCCAGGAGGUGCGUGAUGAGAUCAAAUUCCAAGUUGUUGAAAAUGCUGGAAUUCGAGAAGAAUCAAGUAUUAUAGCUGGUGGGGACAAUGUAUUAAGUGCAGCUACAUUUUUACCUGGACAUGUUCUACAGUUCCUAGAAUCGUUGGCUAAAUGCCCGCGUUCCAACCGGGAUAGGUUGCAAUUUACAAUAGCGAAAGCUGAAUUGCAGGCCUAUACUAGAUGGAAGGGCUACCAUGAGCUCCCUGUCUUUGAAGAGUGUAUCGGAUUAUCAGAGGAUGAUACUCAAACCAAUGCAAUGGGAGAAGGAAAUGAUUCCAUUGAAGCUCCAGUCCCUGAUGCAGCAAAUGAUAUUUCAUCUAAAAAGAGAAAGUCAACAGCUCAGAAUGGUUCUUCUGGUGACGAAGAGCGCCCAAAUAGAAAAGAAAAGUUCAUGUCUGUCUUGAUGUCCUCGGGCGGCUCAUGUUCACGGAACAAUGAUAAGGUAUAUGUGAGAAAGACCUUCAAGAGGGCCGUCUCCUCUUCCAAGAGUCGUGAAAUGGUUGUUUCUACAUGCAGUAAUUCGAGAGGUAAUAAACAGAAGACUCUGCUCUCAACUUGCGCAGCCGCCUCUGGAAUUGAUGCAAAAUUGGCAAAGGUUGGUGCUGGAGAGUCUCAAAUAGUGGAAAUCGUUCCGGCUGAGAUCCCUACUCCCGACAUGGUUCUUUCAGAGCUCAUUUUGGCUGCAAAAAGGCCCCGGCAUGGGAAAGAUGCGAUGAUUCCAGUAGUUGGCUGGCUUCGUGAAUUCAGGAACUCGAUUUCUCUGAAAAAAUCUAGUCUCGGGGAUCAAGAAGUAGAUUUGGGAAAGGACAAGGAGGAACAAUCAUCUCAGGCUGCAGAUAUACUAGGAUUCAGGGGUAUUGAGGACUCAUACUGGACAGACAGAAUCAUUCGCAACUACUCUCAAGAUCAAGCGAUGUCUGAAUCUCAGAAACCUCACAAGAAGGGGGAUCAACCAGAAGCUGAUGUUGCUGAAGCUCCAAACUUGGAUGGGAAAAAUGAAAGCAACGACAUUGGGGAUUUGGAUACACGGAACCAAUCUGCUCUGACAAAUGAAGUUUCAGAGGAAUAUCGUCCAACAGCUUUGAUCCUCAACUUCAAAAGGUUGGAUUCUAUUCCAUCCAUCAAGGAUCUGAACGAGAUGUUCAGCCGUUAUGGAACUUUGGACGAAUCAGAGACCAAGAUAUUAAGCAAAAGCAGGCGUGGAAAGGUGAUUUUCAAUAGGCCAGCAGAUGCUGAAACUGCUUUUAGCAAUGUUAGGAAAUACAGCAUCUUUGGAUCAGCCCUUGUCAGCUAUCGCCUCCAAUACAUCACGAAACCAAAUAUAUCCCAGAAAACCUCAAAGAAAAAGAAGAAGGAUAAGAAACAAGACGAGCAGAAUGUCGAUGCUGUUUGAAAUUGGUGAGAUGAAUUCAUUUGUUCUACCGUUAAUAGGCACAUAGAAUACCAGUAGUUUGUCAUUGUUGCAAAGGAUAGAGGAGGUAGCUACUGACCUAUUGUUUCAUUUCGAGUAUUUUGCUUAUAGGGCAGAAGACUAAUAAUCUCUCUGACUACAUCUUUUAUAAUUGUGAACUAUACAUUUUUUAGGAUGUAAAUGUGAACAUUUUUUUGUGGUUGUUAUAAACUUAGUAACUCCUCUA